UCCAAUCCCAUCUGGCUGAUGAUUCAAUCCGGUCCCUCAAGCGGAGCAAAGUGGUGGAUCCACCGGGAGCCAUUCGGGACGGCCCAUCGGCUGCCGGUGCAGCGGCUGUCCCGCACGAACCGGAGCACGUCAGCGCCAUCCGGCCCCACUUCCCCAGAUUCGGAAAUGAAGAACGACAAAUCUCAAAAAGUUCAAGGUCGUUUUCUUCGUGGUCCAACAUCACCACUCUCACAUACACGAAUUCCAGAAUCUGUACAUAGGAAAAACGGGUCGUAAUAAUAAGUCAAAAUGGUCCACGCCGACGCUUCCAACUUUGCCGCCGACAUUACCAAGGAGGAGGCCUACCAGCAGGUUCUCGACCAAGCUGAAGGUCUCUUCUAUGAGCAGAGGAACUGGGUUUGCAAUCUGUCCAACUGCGCUUCACUUCUCUGGCACGCCUUCAAGUCGCUUCCUGCUCCGAGCAACCAGGUUAACUGGGCUGGUUUCUACACCCUCAACCACCCCUCCACCACCGAACUCAUCCUAGGCCCCUUCCAAGGCAAAGUAGCCUGCCAAACCAUCGCCUUCAGCCGGGGCGUAUGCGGCGCGGCAGCCGCCACCAAGACCACCCAGCUCGUUCCCGACGUCGACGCCUUCCCCGGUCACAUCGCCUGCGACGGCGACAGCAAGAGCGAGAUUGUGGUUCCCAUCGUCGUUGACGACAAGGUGGUGGCUAUCAUCGAUGUGGAUUGCGCGGAACUGAAUGGGUUCGAUCAGGUUGAUAAGGUGUGGUUGGAGAAGUUGGCGGAUUUGGUCGCGAGGAGUUGUGAUUGGCCUUGAGCGUGACGAGACGAGGGGGUGAGGAGUGUAUGAUGGGAGGAGGAUAAAGGGUAGGAAGGAUGGUUGGUUGGGGCUUAAAACUGAAGGGGUUGC